GAGAGAGAGUGGAAGCCCUUCUCUCACACGCAAAAGGGGACAUCUCAUCACGACUCUUGGUAGCAGGCACUUCUCCGUAGUGGGCACUCCACUCAUCGUGUCGUCGUACGGGUUCUCCGCGAGAGCCUGUGGAGCCUCCGCUCUCGGGUCGUGUGAGCGUGCGAGCGAGCAAGCGAGCGAGCGAGCGAGCGCGAACGGCCGAGCGCGCCGGUUGAGUGGGUCUAAGCGGCCGUGAGGACCUCUCCAGGAGUACCCGACAGUCCUCUCCAUUCAUUCAUCCAUCCAUCCACCCAUCCAUCCAUCCAUCCGAGGAAGCGAGCGAGCGAGCAAGCAAGCGAGCUAGCGAACGAGCGAACGAACGAACGAACGAACGAACGAACCAACGAACGAACCAGCCAGCCAUCUAGUCAGCCAGAAAAUCAACCAGCCAGCCAGCUAGCCAGCCAGCCAGCCAACUCGCCAGCGAACCAACGAACAAAGUGCCAAGGCAAGACGAGGCGAAAGCCGGUUCGAGUCAGGUUAAGAAGCCAAGUCGAGCCUAGCCAGCGAGAAUCAUCCAAUCUAUCCAUCCAUUCAUUCAUCCAUCCAUCCAACCAACCAACCAACCAACCAAUCAGCCAGUCAGCCAACCAGCUAUCCAUCCAUAGACCUGCUACUACUCUUCUAGUGAGGAAGAAGGUGGAGGCAAAGAGCAGAGUGGUGUACAUCUACAGAGGGUCGAAGGACUCGAAGAGGGCCGCGAGUGAUUUCAGUCGGUCGGCGGCCGGCCUUGCCGGUCACUCUGCUCCCUCCUCGGCCGCCGACCGUCGCAUUGCCUUGUGUCGGGUCGGGAGUGAGUGUGCGAGUGCUCGCGUUACCGUUUGCCAUCCGUCGUCCGGAAAGGGCCGACGACGGCAUGGCGACGGUGAGAACAAACGAUCGGUCAACGAUCGGUCCGCGCGCAAACUUUCUAUCGUCAUCGACGUCAUUGUCGUCGUCGUCGUCGAGGUGAACAUCACCAAGGUGAACACAUCGCCGAAGUGAACGGCGCCUAGAGGUGAACGCCGUCGUGAAUGCUUACAAAAAGAAAAUGUGCCGUGUGUCGAGCCGAGGAGUCAGUGAGUGACGCCGUUAGCGUGUUAUUGCGCGCGCGAGGAAUCACCGUCGCGAGGAUUACCGCGAGGAUUACCGCCUCCGAGGUGAGCCGCUGCCCGCCGGCGAGCGUGGCAGCAGCUACGGUACCGUCGCGAUAGAUCGCUAUCCAUCCUCCGCUUCCUCCUCCUCCGCCUCCUCUUCCUCCUUUUACUACUCCUCAUGUCGCGCCGUUUUCGCGACUAGCACCGGCCUCACGAUUCCGCGAAGCACGAGCUUCAAGUACUUUGACGGCGUCGGGCUCGCCGAGAUGAGCGGUGGCAGCGGCGGCGGCGGCGGAGCUAGCGGUGCCAGCGGAAACGGCGCUGGGAAUCAGGCGAGCGGAAAUGCGACUACUUAUCAUCAGCAUCAACAACAGCAACAACAACAACAACAACAGCAACAACAACAACAACAGCAACAACAACAACAGCAACAACAGCAGCAGCAACAACAGACGCAGCUAGAGCAGGCGAGUCUCCUGCCGGAUUUGAACAGCAUCGAUCUAGCGAUAAGUCUUUCGCCGAAGCAACACUCAUCGCACGUGCAGGCCGGGGGCGGCGCUCACACGACGCCGUUCAGCGUGACCGACAUCCUCUCGCCGAUGGAGGAGUCAUAUAGAAAGUUCGAUCUCGUAGCAGCGGCCGCGGCGGUCGGAGUCGGCGUCGGCGUCGGAGUAGGCGUUGUUAGCCACCCCCAGGGUUCGCCGUACGGUAACGCCUGCGGCGCGAGAGUCGCUGGUAACACCGGAAGUUCGAGCGCGAGCAGCGGGAGUCCACCGCUCCACGGCGGCUCAACGCCCGGCGGUAGCACGCCCGGUCCUGUUACCGGGAGCGCCGGGAACGGUAGCGCCGGUACCGCCGGCACCGCCGGAACUGCCGCCGGUGCCGGAGCCGGAGGUGCGGCCGGUGGGAGCGCCGCUGGGACACCCGGUAUGACCGCCAUGGGUAAUCCUUACGCCACGAUGCAGCUCACCUCGCAAUAUCAAUACUGUACCGCCGAACUUUCACCUUAUCAUCAUGCCGGACCAACUGUCGCCGGUACCGCCACUGUUGCAGACCCCAUGAGAUCUCACGCCGUUUCGACUCAUCAUCAUCCUUGGUACGCACCGGCACCACCGACCACCAACGAUCCCCGUUUUGCCAGUUUUGCAGUCUCGCGGCUAAUGGGCGCCGCGGCGGCGGGCGCCGGGGCCAAUGUGGCCGGGUGCUCGGUGGGCCAGUCGAUGGGAGACGUUACCAAAUCCUCUGGCAUGGGCGUUGGCGUCGGCGUCGGAAUGAACGUUGGCAUGGGCGUCGGUACGAUGCAAUUUCCCCUCGCGCAGAGGCGGAAGCGUCGAGUUCUCUUCACCCAGGCCCAGGUCUACGAGCUCGAAAGGCGCUUCAAGCAGCAAAAGUACCUAAGCGCGCCCGAAAGGGAGCAUCUUGCUUCCCUCAUUCAUCUCACGCCAACGCAGGUUAAAAUCUGGUUUCAAAAUCAUCGAUACAAAUGUAAGAGACAAGCCAAAGAAAAGGCGAUGGCCGAACAGAACGCUCAAAAUCAGAGCGCGAGCUCGCCACGGCGGGUAGCGGUGCCGGUACUGGUGAAGGACGGGAAGCCCUGCGGGAGCGGAGGCGGAGGCGGAAACGAGGGUAGCCGCGGCGGGCCUAGCGCCGCCCUGGCGAGCCCCGCACCCCACAUGACGGCGGCCUCGAGUCCCCACGGCUCACACCAUGCCGCCUCCUCCUCGGUGUCGCAUCAUUCGGUGGUGGGAGUGAGUCACGUGAUGACCUCCAGCCAGAGCCUCCAGCAUUGCUCUUACACACGGACGGGAGCCCAGCAGAGCAUGCAACAGCAGCAGCAACCGCAGUGCGGCGCUUAUCUACCCUUGCAGAGCCGGGCUUGGUAGUGCGCGCCAUCCGCGGCGGGGGCCGCGGCCUACGCCAAUCCCUCCGUUACGGGCCCAUGGACCCUCGCCGCGGAUACUGCAGCUGCCUGGUACUCCAUUCCCGACGACAGCAACUAAAGGACGAAUGGAACGGACCGCGAGCAAUCGUCUUUUAUAUCGAUCGAUCCCUCGAUCGAUUCCUGAUCAACGUAAUUUUUUUAUCCAACUCUGCUAUGGCCUUCCUUACGAAGUCUAGUAGAUAUAAGACAUACAAUUUUCGCGGCCCGCUCUUCAAGGACCUUUUCAACGAUUUUGCCUCGUCAAUAUUCUCGGGAAUGAUCUAAGAACGGAGGAUGUGCGCGAAUUAUUUCUUAUCGGACGUUAAAGUCGCAUGGUGAUUUUAGUGGAAAAAAAAGAAACGCCGACUCGAAAAACGCGCGAGUGAACGGACAAACAGAAUAGAAUAUCUAAUAAUCGUUUACUUUACCCUACGCCUACCUUAUCAACGAUUUCACGUGCGUCAUCACCAAAGUUCGAUCGAACGGCGAUCUCGUAGAGACGGCCAUCGAUCGUUCGUCGAUUAUGUGAGAUAUCCGGCGAUGACGAGCAAUGUAAAUUUCGCUUAGAUGCGAAUGCAAACAACAUCAGUCAUCGUUUUUACGUGUACGUCGCAAAAGAAGCUUUCUUACAAGUCGACCUUUCAAUCGGCGAUAAAGGAUUUUAAUUUUAAGAGCCUAUCCUUUAGCGUAAAUUAGUUUUUUAAUCUUUCUGAUAAAAUCGGAGAUGUAAACAAAAGUGCUCCGCAUUCUUUAACGAAAGAUCAAAAGUUUUUUCUUUCUUUUUUUUUUUUUGUUUUUUCCCCGAAAAGAAAAAAGAAAAUCCCUUCCAUUUAACUUCCUUUUUCGUAAAGAAGAUUUGCAAAACUCUGAGAAGAAAGAACAUACCAUUUUAUAUCGCAAUGUUCCAAUUUACUUGUCUCAAAGGCACGAACGAAGGUAUCGAUUUCAAUUACGCGAAACCGUACACCCAGUGUCGGCGCACAUUCACUGACUCGAUUUCACCGAACGCGGAACGCGAGACGCAUUCGUUCAACAUUGUUGUAUCGGUGAAUACAGGAGUCCCCACGAGCCUGUUGCCAACGCAACCCGUCUGCUUUGUGUCGCUAAUCGAGUCGAUCUAAUUGAAAUCCAAAUUUGCUUUGAUUGUCACUCAACGUUAGUGGAGUUAACCGUUGGCGUUCAUUGAUCCCUAUCUAACGCUAACAAUCUGUAUAAAAUUCUAGGACAUAUAGUUUUUUAUUUUCUAUCCACCCCCCUCCCAUAUAAAAAAAAAAAUCUUUACGUCCAUUCUAAUUUAUUUGUUAAUCGAGAAUUGUUCGCGUAAAGAAAAUUUUUCUCCAUUUUUUAUUAUUUUUUUCUUUUUUUCAACGAAAUCAAGACGUCGACAUUUUCGAGACACUAUUCGUCGAAAGUUCGACCGUACGAAAUUCAACAAUGAAGAAGAAGAAAAAUAAGAAAAAGAGGAAGAGGAAGAGGAAGAGGAAGAAGAAGCA